CUCCAAGUCGGAAAAAUUUCAUAUUACCACCAACAAAUUAUUGCUUCAGGACCUCGAAGAAAAAGGAAAAAGAAUAUAUAUUGUUUUCUUUCCAACAUUAUUAUGAAAGAACAGAUGAUGCACAUCAAUUCGUGGUUCUGCUGCGUAGCUUGCCUCAUCCUACCUCACUUUGGAUUUGCCUACUCCAGUUUCAUUUCCAAUGGUGAUCGAUUCACCAGUGGAGGCCCUAAUCGCGACUUGCUUCAAUUGAAAAAAGCCUGCAACGUGAGCUUUCAAGAUAUGGACUACACUAUCUUGACGACCCAAUGCAAAGGGCCAUUGUACCCGAAAGACCAAUGUUAUAAUGCACUGAAGCUGUUUGCUUGCCCUUAUACCUACGAGAUCAACGAUGCCAGCACGAACUGUGCGCAAACCAUGUUCAGUUACAUAAACCUCUAUGGCAAGUACCCUGCAGGUCUCUUUGCCAAUACUUGCAAGGAAGGCAACCACGGUCUUGAUUGCGAAGCCAGGCGCAAAAACAAUGCAGUUCCCGCCAACAACCAGUUCUUCCUAUUGCCCCUUGUGCUUGAGAUAUUCACCAUUGCAUCGUUCUUAUGACUUGAGUGGUUUUGAAGUAAAGAACAAAAUUGAUAUGCUACUAGCUUCAUUUCUCAGAUUUUGGAUAUUGGUUUAAUUCAUGGGGAGAAAUGUUUUAGUGAUGAUACUGAUGAAUGAGUGAAAGGGAAUGCGUGUCUAAGAAUGAUCACGGUGGAACAAAAACAUUAAUUUUUUAGGCUCUUAAUUAAUGAGAUGCUUUAGA